AUGUUGUUCAAGUCGCUCUCUUUGUCCAUGAUUGCUCGUCGCUCUCUCGGUGCUACACGAGGUAUGGCUGGCAGUCGUACUGCAUUUAAUUGGCGUGAUCCACUGCUGCUGGACGACCAGCUGACGGAUGAAGAGGCCAUGAUUCAGAAAUCAGCCAACGACUAUUGUCAAGGAAAGCUACUACCAAGGAUCGUACAGGCUAAUCGAAAGGGCACAUUUGACCGCUCGAUCAUGAAAGAAAUGGGCGAAAUGGGCUUCUUGGGCCCCACUAUCCAUGGAUACGGCUGUGCAGGAGUGGGCUACGUAUCCUACGGCCUCAUUGCAAACGCUGUAGAGCGUGUGGACAGUGCGUAUCGCUCGGCUAUGAGUGUCCAAUCGUCUCUAGUGAUGCACCCAAUCAAUACUUUUGGAUCGGAUGAGCAGAAGGAAAAGUACCUGCCACGUCUUGCCACUGGUGAACUAAUUGGCUGUUUUGGCUUGACGGAGCCAAACCACGGAUCUGACCCUAGUUCGAUGGAGACACGUGCUAGACUCAAAGGAGACACAUACGUGCUCAACGGCUCCAAGAACUGGAUCACGAACUCUCCGAUUGCCGAUAUCUUCCUAGUCUGGGGCAAAGACGAUGAAGGUGAUAUCCGCGGCUUUAUCCUCGAAAAGGACUUUCCUGGUCUGUCGGCCCCAUACAUCGAAGGCAAGGCAACAUUGAUGGCGUCUGCUACUGGCAUGAUUUUCCUAGAGGACGUCGAAGUCCCUAAGGAAAACAUGUUGCCCAAGGUGAAGGGCCUUAAGGGCCCUUUUACCUGCCUUAACAGUGCUCGUUACGGCAUUUCCUGGGGAGCUCUUGGCGCAGCAUACUCCUGCAUGGACAUUGCUCGCCAAUACACCCUUGACCGUGCCCAGUUCGGUGCUCCACUCGCUGCUAAUCAGCUUAUCCAGAAAAAGUUGGCAGACAUGAACACGGAGAUUGCGCUCGGUCUCCAAGGCUGUCUGCAAGUCGGUCGUCUGCUCGAUGAUGGCAAGGCUCCAGUGGAGCUCAUCUCGAUGGUCAAGCGUAACUCAUGUGGGAAAGCCAUUGAGAUUGCACGCAAUGCCCGAGACAUGCUAGGUGGCAAUGGCGUUUCGGAUGAGUAUCAUAUCAUUCGUCACGUGGUGAAUCUGGAGGCAGUGAACACGUACGAGGGCACGCAUGACGUUCAUGCUUUGAUCCUUGGUCGUGCCAUCACUGGCCUGUCUGCUUUUGUGCCUCGUAUGGCAGUGUAG